ACUCAUUAGCCAAUCAGCGACAACCCGGAAGUUGACAGACGGUCGCGCGGAUAUUACGUAUAGCCACUGCUGCACCAACGUGCUAACGGUAGAGCCAAAGCAGAGUGCAGUCAUGUGGCCAGUAAUUUGGACGGCGGCUCGGACCUACGCCCCUUACAUCACCUUCCCCGUGGCCCUUGUGGUGGGAGCAGUGGGCUACCACCUGGAGUGGUUUAUCAGAGGGACCCCGAAACCCCGAGAGGAGCUGAGCAUCCUGGAGCUGAGGGAGGAGAGGAAGCUCCAGGAGCAGGAGGGGAGGGACAGCACCCAGGUGCUCAGCCUGAAGGAGAAACUGGAGUUCACGCCUCGGGCGGCUCUGAACAGGAACCGCUCUGAAAAGAGCUAACCCGUGUUAGCGUGAGAGACUAGCCUUUCCCCUUUCUCAGCAGAAUGGAUCGAGCACCGGGGAUGAACCGGAAGACACAAACACCCAUUCUUCUUCUUCUUCCCAUCCACUGCAGCCGUACAUCCUCACUCCUGCAGCUCUGGCUCUGUAAAUACCUGCUGCUUUUAACCCUUUGAUGCACAACAUGGGUAAAAAAUGACUCAUUCAUCAACCUGGUCUCACUGAAAUCCGUGGAAUAGCCACGGAAUCGCUGAAAUUUCCGUGAAACUGACACGGAUUUGGCUACAAUGCAAGUUAAUGCCAGUCAUAUCCCGUGGUUAUUCCAUGGAUAUUUGUUCCUAUUGGUUUGUUCCAAGUCACGUGACUUUCAAGGUCCCGGUGGUCAGAACAAAAAACAUGGCGGACAGUUCUCUCAUUUUUAGUGAAAAAAAUCAAUAUUUUGACUUAGUUUCUGCAUAAAAAUGGAUUUUGAUCACAUUUCUCGCGAGAAAUAUAUGUUUUAUUUUCUAAAUCUUCACUCAGUGAAUGUACAUAAUCACUUUGUGGUGAAGAUCUCGCCAGAAAAAUAUGACUGUCAUUAACUUGCAUUGUAGCGAAAUCCGUGUCAGUUUCACGGAAAUUUCAGCGAUUCCGUGGCUAUUCCACGGAUUUUGAGUUAAGCGAAAUCCACUUACACAAUAUUAUUUUAAAAAGACACACAAUUACUAAAAAAAAGACACAAUUAUUUAAAAAAGACAUAAAAUAACAGAAAAAAAACAAAAUUACUUAAAAAAGACACAAAAUGACCAAAAAAAGACACAAAAUUAUUUAAAAAAAAGACACAAAAUUACCAAAAAGACAGAAAAUUAUUUUUUUUAAAAACACAAAAUUAUUAAAAAAGUAAUUAAAGGGACCUUCCACCACGACACAGUAAAGUGCCAUUCAUAUAAAACUCACAUUAAACUUUCAUAUCAAGGUGAGGGCCACAAAAUAUCGUCACGAGGGCCGCAAUUGGCCCGCCAGUUUGAGACCCCUGCUUUAGACCCAUGUUGUGCAUCAAAGGGUUAAGAAGCUCUAGAGUAAUUUAAAUGAAGUUCUAUUUGGUCUUUUAUAGAGUCAAAUAAAGCUUCUAUGUGCUCUGUGAAUCCCAUCCCCCUUGAUGCUGCACAUGCCUGUUCAUGCAUUGAUCAACAACAACUUUAAGACACUAUAAUUAAAGUCAGACAACCUACGGCUGCCCAGGCUUUGAACUGAUGACAGGAUUUGAUUAGAAUUGUCUGUUAUUUAAAUCUAGUUGUGGCUCUGUGACACAAAUGUAAUCAUGUCUUUGCUGUUAAAUCACACAAAAAUGUCAUUUUCUUUGUGGUGAUGCAAGAAAUGACAGAUACAAAUAAUUUUCAUGUUCCGAGCCUGUCACAAAGUGUUUCUCCUUUUUAAUCAUCUCUGUAUGUUGAGGAAGGACUUGGGGACAUCAAAGUGAGAGGAAGAGAAGAGAGACAGGUCUUUGUUCUAGUUUCUUUUUAUCUCAUGUAACCUUUUGAUGGUAUGCGACAGAAUCAGCCAGCAGUGUGGGAGGUCUCAGGAAGUUUAAGCUGCUUAGUCCUAUUGUUUGAAACAUCUACAUAAUGCUUUCAUUUUAGAAAGUCUGGAUGGUUUUAAUUGUGUGUGUUUUACCGGAACAAUAUUAUGAAUAAAAGAAUGUUUGUAUGCUGAAAGUGCAUGCUACUUUGUAUUGACAUUUCAGUUAA